AUGGUGGUUGUGGUGGUGUUGUUUGGGCUGGCAUCGUUCGGCCAUGUGGUGUAUCUGCGCCUGCGACCGGAGAUCCGGCGCACGCUGCGGUUCCCGCCGCUGCCGCCAGCAUCAACGCCAUACCCGCCACUACCAGUCAUUGAGGACUUGGAGGUGCUUGUGGACUUCUUCCGCACGUCCCUUGACGAUGUCGCUGAGGACACGACAAAGUCCCUCUGCGUUGCCGCGUCGUACAGUUUUGGCUGGACGCUCGUCGGUGACCGUAACUUUCGGCUGGCCAGAACCGCCGGCAUGGCGCUUGGCUUGGGUGCCUACAUGGGCUGCGAUCGGCUCGGCGACGCCAUUGGCGACCGAGCCGCGGAUCUCAUCACCUCCACCAUGACUAUGCUCGGGUAUGUACCGCCGCUGCCCGAACCCAAGCGGGAGAAGAACUUUUCGCUGUUAUCACGCGUCGCAGAUGACGCCAUGGAGGACAGCUUCAAGCUCGUGUGCCUGUGGUCGCACAUCAUGAUUGGCGGCUUGCUCGGUGAUAACCUCAUUGUCAACACCUUUGGCAUGCAAUCCACCAGCCUGAACUGGGCCAUUCGCCUCGGGGUGCCUGCUGCCAAGUACAACCUCUGCAACAUCUACGCCGACUAUCUUGGCGAGUGGGUGCACUAUCACAUUGGACACAUGACGCAGUCAUGGUCGCCCCAGCUCAGAAUCGCCUCCAUCACCACCACCACCAGCAGCAGCAGCAGCGACACCACACAUGCUCAUGGGCCGUCCCUCCUUACAGGCGCGUGCUCCAGUUCCGGCAGUUGCGGUAACCGGAACAGUCGCCACCAUUCUGCGCAUGGUGGUGGCGGUGGUGAUGGUGCUCAAUGUGGGCGCUAUGGUGGUGAUUGCAUGGCAGGUCACGAUGGCGGGAAUGGUGGCAGCAGGCGCGAUAGCAGAGCAGUCGACGUGUGCGGUUCGCCGAGCUUCACAACCUGGCUGUGCUCGUGGUGGACGCUGGUGUGGGAGUGGCUGGAAUGGCUGCUCCCGUGGUCGCAGCCGCCUGCAAACGGGCUCACACACGCCCCAACACCACGCAGAGGCGCAGCCACAGCAACAGUCGCAGCAACAGCGAGCACAGUGCGGACACGGGAGGAGCGGCUUCGGGCUGCACAGGAGCUGCUACAGCGGUACUCGCGCCCGCGCCACGGCGGCAGUAGUGGUGGUGGUGGUGGUAGUAGUGAUGACAGUGAUGGUGGUGGUGGUGAUGGCAGUGAUGGUGGCGAUGCUUGUGGUAUUGGUGAACGUGGUGCUGGUGACACCCUCGAUGAAGGAACAACAUCCACUGCCCGCGGUGGUGGCGCUGCUGAUGCUCAUCCCGAUGGCGUGCGUGUAUGAUUGCGCUUUUGCAGUUGUCCCCUGACCGCUCUUCGCCUUGGCUGAGAUGAUGCGCAUGCAUGCGUGCGUUUGUGAGUGUGAGUGCCGUUUGCGUGCAUUUUGGAUUUCACAUUUUGGAUGUUAUUUUCACCCCUUUGACUCCUCUAUUGCUCUAAAGACUAGAUUGAUGACAUUUGCAUCAUGCGUGUUGCUGGCUUGUGUGCUUCUGCUGGCUGACGUGACUGGCUGGCUUGUAAUCGACUGUUGCUUGAUACAAUGAAAAAGAGAGAGAGAG